CCUCAAAAUAGAUCAAUACUAAUCGCUUUUUACCCAAUAAUCCUAAUUAGGAUGAUGGACUUUUCCACAUCACUUCUGUGACAAAUCACCCGCUAAAAUCGAUACAAAACGCCCAAGCUCGAUUGUAAAAUACAAAUGUAAUAAACACAGAUCAGUGGGUAAUUUCUCGCAUCGAUAACUAAGCAUCAUUGAGUAUAAAGCUCUCGGCAAAGUGAGAUUAACAAACAGUACGUCUGUAAAAAUGCAAUCGAUUAUUAUCUCUAUCUUUCUGCUGGGAUUGUCGUCCAUCGGGGCACAUCCAAUACUGGAAACAAAUGUCUAUCAAAGGAUAAAUAGCACAACUUAUGGACAAGGAAAAGAUCAGACAGCUCUACACAUAACAAAUCUUGAAAAGGCUGCAAAAUUAGAGCAGAACCACACAAUUCAAUCAAAAAUGUUAAUACUGAAAAAACAUUCUACAAAGUCAAUGAAUGAUACCGUUGAAAUGCCAAUCUUCUGCAAUUUUACAAUAUCUCUGAUGGGUGCGAAUUUAACUAAAGCAGUGCGAAUAACUCCUAGUGAAAUACCUUUAGUGGAUAUGAAUAAUAAGAAAAAGGUGCCAACUAAUGAUACUAAUAUAAUGCCCUGUGGAUUUGACACUAAAUUAAGCGCAACAGCUCUAAAGGUGAUUGCAGGUGGUUAAGUCUACAUUAAUUAUUGUAAUUUAGAGAAUUAAUUAAUAAUAAAGUGCACUU